ACCACACACCGGCACCCCGGGGAGGGCGUUGCCAUGGAUGUGCUCUUCAUACACGACCAGGCGGCCGCGGCGGCGGCCGCGGCGGCGGCAGGGUCGGAGGAAUGUGCCAGCCCGCAGGACGUGUAUACGUGGUUCGAGGAUAACGUGGAGUUGCUGUCGGCACGGUGUGGCCAUAACCCCUACAUCCUUGAAGCAGGGAACCCCAAGAGGACUGUCAACCUGAUGGUCAGCCUCAUGGCGCACCCCGCACAGCGGCCGCCGCUCCCCUCCCCGCCCCCGGACCUCGCAGCCUUGCCACCCCAGCCUACCGCCGCAGCCACCACCGCUAGCAGCACCCUAGUACCUCCCCCGGCAGCCGCACCCCUCUCACCCCUCUCCACCGCCGCAGCUACCUCACCGCCAAGGCACCCUGCCGGCGCCACACAAUCAUCGUUGCUGUACGUACCGUUGGGAAUAACCGCCCCACUCGGACCGGCGACAGCGUCAUCCUCAACGUCGGCGUCGUCCACGGCGGCGGCUGCUGCUUGGCCAGGUCGCGGUGGCGGCGGCGGGAGCUCAGCGCCACCUGCAUGGCAUGAAGGGUUGCCGGCAGCCGCGGCGGCACCACUGCCGGGGGCAUCACUGCCACUCUCUUACGAUACACAGCCUGGCAUUGUUGGCGGCUUCCCUGCUUCCGGCGGUGCAGCACUGACGACGACCGUACCGGCUCAAGGUGUGACCCGUGGGUCGGUAGCUACGAGACCGCCGCCGGAUCUCAUGGAUCUUCCGCUUCCACAACCGCACCCCCUGUCACCGCCCCCGUCACAGCCGCCGCUGCCGUACCGGCCGUUAGGUACUCCGCUGCAGCCGGCGGCAGCGCCGCCUCUGUUUGCGGCGGCGCCAUCCAGCGGGUCACCCGCGCUACCCCACAUGGCGGUGACCCACCAGCAGCAGUCAUACCAGCAGCAUCCGUACCAUCAGCAACAGCCGUACGGCCAGCAGCAGCAGCCGAUGUUGCCGUCAUCGUCGACGGCCACGACAGCACCAACGUCAGCAGCUGGCUUGGCUGGGGGUACGGCAACGGGCUUCGGGAAUGCAUGGCGAUCCGAGUGCUGGUCGGCGCAGCCGCUCCAACCGCCGCCAACCGCUGGCGGCGGCGACGGAAUGCUUCCGCACUUCUACACAUCAUCGUCACAACGACACCAUCAUCAGCAGCAGCUGCUGCCUCAAAUGCAGGGGCAGCAGCAGGGGCCACAGGCAUCAUCACAGCCGCCGGGGUACCCGGAGCACCACCUCCGCCAGCAGCAACACCACGGUUACCAUCAGGAGCUCUAGGGGUAGGCAAGAUUUCUUUGUUAGCUAUGUAUGAACGUGUGGAGGCUUUCUAGGUCCCAAGCUUGUUGGCUUCCUCCCUGUGGCUGUGGUAGAUCCUCACGGGCAGGCAGCGGCGAGGGUUUGGGAGCAGUCCACGAUUCCUGACACUGGCAUUGCGUGGCUUGGCAGUUGGCACUCAAACCACGAAGCUGCAGAGUCAGGCCUUGCAGAUUGGGGGGCUGUCACACGUGUCAAGACAACCCUCUUGAUGGCAGAACUGAUGGUGUGGGUCACAAUGAUGCUCGUGGGUACAUGUUGCUUUGUAAGGCGUGGGCGUUGUGCUAAAGAUGGAAUGUACGUCAAAAGGAACGCUGAGGAACAGCGCAAGGUUGGCGGACUUGUUAGUGAGUGGAGGUGCAGGCAGUGCGGUCGGUAGUGCAAGAGGUAAGCAGGGGGCAUAAAAACAUUCACGACAACUCUCCAUCAUUUUCCGUGGACGUGAGAGGACACAUAUAGACGCAAACGAGUUAUGACGACGUGCCGUCAAGGACCACGUGUAUAUGUUAUUCUCUUGGCAUGCAAAUACUCCUCGAAUAUACGCCGUCG